ACAUGGUACAGGGGCUGGAGAAUAAAGAGUGUGGAGUUGAACUCGUGCCAUUGUAGUGACUCAUCUCGGGCAGAGCGCAGGGGCUCCGAGCGAAGCGACGAGCAAGUGAGCGGCGCUCGGCGGGCCGGGGAGAGAGGAGAGAGGCGCGGCCGGGCGAGGCGGCCCGUCCGGGAGCGGGCGCCGGGGAAGGGGUGCAGUCGGGCGCCGCAGCGGCGGCACGGGCAGCGGGACCGCGUCCUUCUCAGCGCCGGCUCAGCUGGAACCCCGCCGGCCGGGCGCAGGCUACCUUCUCCCCGCAAGUGUCCGAGUCGCUCCGAAACUCCGGCGGCGAGUCGGCCACAGGAAGUUUAUUCUCAGCUCCUUUUCUAAAAGGAGGAAAUAGAAGUUUCUCCCGGCGGGCAGCCUUUCUUUUCGUCUUUUUUUUCUUUUUGACCUGUCUGAAAUCGGGGCCCCCCCGGACCUGGCAGGCGAGAUCCGCCGGGCUCUUGUUCUUUUUUUAAUUUCCAGUUUUUGAUCGGGCAGUCUGUCCCGGCUGGGCUCCGGCUGCGCGCGGGAGCGGGAGGGCGCGCGCAGGGGAGGGACCGAGGGACGCGCGGACUUUUAGAGGGAGGGACCGGGUGGCGGUCCCGCGGCGCUCGGAGAGCAGGAAAGAAGUGCAGCGCGAGGCGCUCGGGAGGCACGGUUCCCGAGCUGUCGCCGCCUCCCGUCCGCACCCGCCACCGUCGGGGAGAAGCCCGGGAGCGAAGACUAGAGCCCGAGGCGCGGCCGGCAGGGAGCGAGCGCGCAGCAGCCGGUGCGCGGCCGCGGCGAGGGCGGGGGAAGAAAAACACCCUGUUUCCUCUCGGGCGCCCACCGCGGAUCAUGUACCAGGAUUAUCCCGGGAACUUUGACACCUCGUCCCGGGGCAGCAGCGGCUCUCCUGCGCACGCCGAGUCCUACACCAGCGGCGGCGGCCAGCAGGCUUAAGAGGGAGCUGGCUUAACAAAGAAGGCCACUACAACACGAAGCCCAUCUCGGUCAGGAUCUGCGGCGUCUCUAGCCAAGUUGGCUGCAGCAAGAGUUGCCCCGGUAAGGCAGUAGCCUUGGCCUCUAGAAGCCAGCCAGCCAGGAGAGGCUGGGUGGGCUUCCCCAGGAGGGGUGGAUCCUGCCAGAAGAGAAAAUGGAAAAACGGCUCUCUUUGGGAUCUGAAGAGGGAUACCUUGUUCCAAAGUGAUUACCCAUACUUGAAAUUUCGGGUAGAUAUGCCUGGCUCAGGCAGCGCCUUCAUCCCCACCAUCAACGCCAUCACAACCAGCCAGGACCUGCAGUGGAUGGUGCAGCCCACGGUGAUCACCUCCAUGUCCAACCCGUACCCCCGCUCGCACCCCUACAGCCCCCUGCCGGGCCUGGCCUCGGUCCCUGGGCACAUGGCGCUCCCGAGACCUGGUGUGAUCAAGACCAUUGGCACCACCGUGGGCCGCAGGAGGAGAGAUGAGCAGCUGUCCCCUGAAGAAGAGGAGAAACGUCGAAUCCGAAGGGAGAGGAACAAGCUGGCCGCAGCCAAGUGCCGAAACCGCCGCCGGGAGCUGACGGAGAAGCUGCAGGCGGAGACAGAGGAGCUGGAGGAGGAGAAGUCAGGCCUGCAGAAAGAGAUUGCCGAGCUGCAGAAGGAGAAGGAAAAGCUGGAGUUCAUGCUGGUGGCCCACGGGCCUGUGUGCAAGAUCAGCCCCGAGGAGCGCCGAUCGCCUCCCGCUUCUGGGCUGCCAUCCCUGCGUGGUGGGGGUGGUGGAGCGGGCGCCGUGGUGGUGAAACAGGAGCCCCUGGAAGAGGACAGCCCCUCCUCGUCGGCUGGGCUAGACAAGGCCCAGCGCUCUGUCAUCAAGCCCAUUAGCAUUGCUGGGGGCUUCUACGGGGAGGAGCCCCUGCACACCCCCAUCGUGGUGACCUCCACGCCGGCCAUCACUCCAGGCACGUCAAACCUCGUCUUCACCUACCCCAGCGUCCUGGAGCAGGAACCACCUGCGUCACCCUCUGAGUCCUGCUCCAAGGCUCACCGUAGGAGCAGUAGCAGUGGGGACCAGUCAUCAGACUCCUUGAACUCCCCCACUCUGCUGGCUCUGUAACCCGGCUCCCGGGGGGUCCUCGUCACUGCCUCCUUCCCAGGGACCAGCACCUUCAAGUGCUCCAGGGCCGUGAGGGCAAGAGGGGGGCCCUGCCAGAGAGCUGCCCGGCUCUGGGGACACCCAGGUGGGAUUUGGCCAUGAGGCGCUGGAGGACUUCAGCCAUCUCUUAGAAGUCAUGGGACCUCCUCCAUCGUUCAUCUUGCAAAGCAAAUCCUGUUUCUUGAAAAGCCUUGGAGAACUUGGUUUGGUGGACUCAGGCAUCUCUCUGGCUUCUGAAGAGCCUGCGGCGGGUGUGGACCGUUCCUGUCCCUUGUUAUGCUACGUCUCUGGAGUGAUGGUGUCCUUCCCUGCCCCACCCAGCAUGCUCAGUGCCUUUUGGUUUCACCUUCCCACUAUUCGCCCCUUCCUCCCCCCAGUGUCAAUUUCACUUCCUCUUGGUUUUUAUCAAAUUUGCCAUGACAUUUCAUCUGGGUGGUCUGAAUAUUAAAGCUCUUCAUUUCUGGAGAUGGGCAGCAGGUGACUGACUCUUCUGCUGGGGCUGACUUGUCCGGAAGGGGACAGUCAAUGUGCAAUACAGAACCUUCUCUCCCUUGACACCCCCCGGUCCACCGCCAUCUCCAGGACCACCAUCAGGGCUCCCUGAGCUCUCAAGGAGAUGUUGCCAUCACUGGGAGGCCCGGAGGACCCUUCCUCUCCAUCCUCGGAGACAACUUUUUGGAGGAGCGGCUUGUCCAGAAGACAGGGUGUGAGUGAGACAGCUGGGGCACAGGUUGGGUUUGCCAAAUGCCUAAUUACCAGGCCAGGAAUAGUGCCAACAAGCCACACAGGUGUCCUAGCCAGCUUCCCUUUACCUGGUGUCUUGAGCAGGACGUCUCCUGUAAUUACUGCCUCACCAUCCUGCCCCUGGACCCUUCUCUCUAGACCAGGGAGGCGUCCCUCCCUAGGAACCACACAUCACUCCAAGUCCCUACUGGCUCUGCCCUCCGCCAGCCUGGCUCUCAGGGUGACGCCACCCAUGGAGAUUUAAUGAGCGUGGGCCUGGCCCCUCCCCAGAUUGCUACCAGGUGGCCCCUCCCCAAGCCUCAAAGGCACUUUUGCUGUGGAUGGAAAGGUAGGGGAGGAAGGAGGGAGGCAGAGUGGGAUUCGCCUCUCAGCAAGCUGCCGGGCCUUUUCUGCCUUCUGUGGUCACCGGCUACCUGAUGGAGUGCUUUCUCUUUUACAUACUCCUUCCCCCAGAAUGCUCCUCGGGUCCAGCCAGCCAGCUGUGGACCACUGGCCCGCAGCUGUUGCUAGUAAGGCUUGGGGCUUACCUGUCAUUCCUGGGGGGCUGCUGAAAUCAGAGAUAAGAUGUGUUGCUUCCCACUGCAGGAGAGGUGCCCCCUUCCCCUAUGGGGCGGGGAGCGGGGAGGGGGUCCUCUGGCCUCCUGCAAAAGCACAGCUGGGCGGGCUCCCUGCCUCCCACCCCUCUGAGCCUUUUUCUCCUGAGGGCAGGGCUCUGGCUGAUCUUCUUGGAUUGGCCUCUGCUGGGCUAGCUGCUCUGGGGGAGACCCUGCUAUUGUGAUUCAGCUCUAGAGAUCAUUGUAUGAUAAUUUAAAAUUAUAUAGAUAUUAUUUAAAUCAAACCCAGUGGGGGUUAAAUUUCAAAGUUAGACUCGGGAGAAAGAGAGAGAGAGAGCAAGCGCACGAGCCGUGAGGCGUUCACUCACUUGCCCCCCUCACACACCCAGGCCUUGAGCGCUGGUCCUGAUUUGCUGCCCAUCCCCACUCCGAGCACUAGAAGGGAGCGCGCAGAACGGGGCAGCCAGAGGCUUAAAGUACACAGCCCACUCUGACUGGAAGUGACGUGUGAAAGGCUAGGCCAUGCAGAGGAGAUUAAAAGAAAAAGGAUUUUGUCCAAAAAUACUUUAAAAAGGUUAUUUCCCACCUUCCCUGGCUAUGAGGCUACCCUCCUGGUUUCCCAGAGGUUCUGGGAGGGGCACUCCUUAUUAGACCAGGCAAUUGAGUUUCUGGCUUCAGAUUAAUCGAAGAAACAGAAGUCAGCGAGGAACAGCAGGAGGUGGGCAAAGGAAACUGGGGUGCACUCAGCUCUGAAAGGCUUAAUCAUCUCAAGUGGUAUUUAUGGCCAAUUGGGAGCUCUUUGCUUCUUUUUGCGUAUAUAUAUACACACACAUAUAUAUUUCUUAAAUGAAGCUGCUUUGGUGUUUUAUUUCUAAAUGUCCCUUUGUGCCCCACUUCGCACAGCACUGGUCCCAAGGCAGGCCACAGUCUGUGACUCGGGGCCAGGCUGGACAUUCCUGAGACAGAGUUUGGCUUUAGUUCAGAUGUCAGGGUGUGUUGGCUUUGGGACCAGCACAAGGCAGAAACUCCACCACCCCAGAGGACUUUAGAGGCCUCUCAGCUAUCCCAUUCAGGACCCUCUGGCUUUGUUCCAGGAGGUGGUUUGGCUUCCCCAAAGCCAGAGGUUAUUUGGGGAAGGCCAAAUAUUCACCCCUAACUCAUGAGCACAUCCUCCUUGACUUCUUCUGGCUUGUUCUCUGAGUUCCUGCACCCACACCAUUGUUCCAGAAUUACCAGCCACCAGGCCUUCUGCUUUCUCCUCCAUGGCUCCAACUACAGGAAGAGCUGCAGUGGGGGUGCCUUCGUGCUUGGGCUGGGAACCUCUGUGCCUCCCCCGUGUCCCCAGCCGUGAGGCAGCUGGUGUGGACUCCAGCUGGGCUGCAGGCAGCUCUGGGACGGCAUAGGGCAGGCACUCCUUGACAGGCUAGUGUGAACCACACCCCAUCCUCUCGGCCACCUGGCUGGCCUCUCUGGGAUCAGUCCUCUUCCUGGCUGAAUGGACGGGGGCAGCUGCUGACGCAGGAAAGAGAGGAGAUCCCAGGUGAAGCUCGGGCAAUGGCCGGAGCCAGCUGUAAGCGGAGAAUUCACGGGGGGACGUUUUCAGAAAGAAAUCAUUGUUCUGCCUGUGAGAAAGGCCAGGUGUGUCCACUAUGGCCAGUCACACAAGCAUCUCAGCCAAGAACCCUCAGAGGUUACUGCUUCCUUUUCUCAGGCUUUGGGGAAAAGAGUCUCCUCUCCGCUCCCACUUGGCUCUAAGUCUAAGGGAGGGCUCAGUGCUACUUUUCUCCCCUUCCCUUGAUGGACCAACAGCGCUCCUGCAAUCUCACCACUUACCUUUCCGGUUGGUCUCCUUCCUGAUCAGAUAUCACACAGCCCCUUUAAGAAGGAGAGGCAGAAGCCCCUACUAUGUGCCAGGCACUGUGUUAGGCACUUUUAUAAAUAUUCCUUCUUUAGAAUCAGACUAAGGGAUGAGGGUAUCCCCUCUUCAAGGCCCCCACGUAAUGGAUAAACAAAAACACUUGGAGGUGAGAAGGUGUUUCUUCAAAGAUCUGCGGUAAGAUUGCCUUCAGCCUGAGGUUUGUUCUCAAAGACCCAUCCCCCACAGUAUCCUCUAAACUUCUUUUCCCUCUCCCUCAUGAUGUGCUCCUUUGCACUCCUCAGAUGGUUGGAGGGGUAACCUGAGUCCUUAUAGAAUUUGUGGACCAAUAGGAUAUGUGAUGUGUGUAACUUUCUUUUUAAAACUUAAGUAAAGGGGUCUUGCUACUUUCUGCUUGUCGAGUCUUCUUGGCAUUCAUCUUAAAAGCCAGCAUCUCACUAUUUAUUGACAGGUUGGGUGUGUGUGUGUGUGUGUGUGUGUGUGUGUGUGUGUGUGUGUGUGUGUGUGUGUGUGUGCGCGCACGCUCCUGUGUGUGUACAUUUCCAAGUGUACCUCCUGCAACUUUUAAAAAGGAAACUCAGUCGUCCCACUACUAAUUUGACAUCUUCUCAUGCUUCUAGUGUUUUGGCCAUACAUCAACAGAGGGCUUUCACUUUCCAAUGCCGAUGUGUUCAGGAAAGGCUGGGUCAAAUUUUGAGCAGGGGAUGGGAAGGGGAGGGGGAGAAGAAAUCGACAUUUAUUUUAUUAUUUAUUUAAAAUGUUUACAUCUUUGUGUUGUACCAAGCCUGAAGAGAAACAGCAUUAAAAUACUCAGUUCCUCUCUCCCUCUCUUUCUUCAUUUUUUUAAAAAUUUAGGCUAAUGAUGCUUUUUUGUUUCUGAAAUGAUUUGUGACAUGUGUUGUAUAAACUGUAUAAAAAGGGUUCUGUUUUUAAAGAUGGAUGGUCAUUCCUCUGGGGACAGUGGUCACCGAGAAAGUCUACAUUCUAAGAAAAUACAACGAAAGAUCCUGCCCUGUUCCUCAAAAAUUAUUUUCUCUGUAUGAUUAAAAGUUUAUUCCAUUUA